CAUAUCAAAUCUCACAUAGAAACAAGAAGAAAGAAGGCUGGGGAGUGGGAGAUUGGAUCAAUGGCUUCGAGUGAGGUGGAAGGAUUAUCGCUUCCUAUAGACGAUUAUGAGACCCUGCUUUCCACCACUGACGUUGAGCUGCUCAAGAGAGCAUGGCGCAACGAGAAGGCAGCUCCUGAGAUUCUUCGUUUUGAGACCGAUUUAAUUGUCCGCAUUAGAGAACAGAUCCAAUUAAUGGAAGAGACAGUGGAGGAGAAAUCAGCUGCUGGCAUCGAUCCCCUUUCAAUAUCUCUCUAUCAGAUGGACUUGGAUAGAGCCCAGUUUUUACUUAGAUCAUACCUCCGAGUUCGCAUUCAGAAGAUUGAAAAGUUCGUGUUCCACAGCGAAACUGAUGAACUGUGGAACAAGCUAUCUAAAGAAGAGAAAAAUUUCGCUAGAAGGUGUACUGAAGAUCUAAAACAGCACUUGGAGGAUAGUGUUCUAUCAAAGCUGCCAGAAAAUUAUCAAUCUUUCCAGAAGCAAUCUGUAAUAAGCGAAGAGGAUGACAUGAUUCCAGAAGCACAACUAGACACAUUUGUUGUAUGCAGAAGCAAAGAAUAUCUCACAGGCAUCCAGCUUGAGGAUGGACCAGUGGAUGACAGGUCGAUGCUGUUUGAGAUGGAGCCAGGUGUGCUCUACUUCAUAUGUUACAAGUCUAUAAAGGCACUUGUGGAGAGCGGCAAAAUUGAUCUUCUCUGAUAAUUUUAUGCUCUGCGAGAUUUAUUUUAUACUGAGAUGCUUCCUGUUACUACAGAUGCCCACAUAAUACCAAAGUUUGUUAAAGCUUCAUUUUAUGUGGUCAUGUUCCUGCUCUUUAUAUGAAUGUAGGAGUAUGUGGGAUCCUUAUUGGGAUGUAUGUAUUCAUGCAUUAUUUACCAAGACCUAAAUCUUAGUCAAGAAAUAGAAUGUAAAAUUUCAAUCAUUCUUGCUAUUGAAUUUGAUCGUUAUUUUGAUUUAAUUUUAUUGCUGUUGGAAUGUGAAA